AUGUCUGAAUUAGUGUCUCAGAUGAAACAUCCGCCGGAUAUAUCACGGCCACGAUGGGAUCAGGCAACUUUCGCAGGACGUGCUCGGCACUUUUUCGUCAUUACAAAUCCAUUAAAUCUUUUCAUAAGCAAAAGUCGACUAGAACAAGCGAAAAAAAUUGUUUUGGAAUAUAAGUUUGUUUCAGGCUUUAUUUUGUGUUUGUAA